CGCCUCCUCCUCCCCCGCCCGGCGGCCGCGGCGCCACUGACAAGACCGGGGCGGAAAAGGCGGUCUCCGCCGGCGCCGCCGCUGCGAGGAGAAGCCGAGGCAGAAGGAGAGAAGAAGCAGGGGAGGGCCGCCGCCGCCCGCUCCACCCUCCGCCGCCGCUCGCGGCUUCCUCCAUCUUCUCUCCACACCAGCCGGCAAAGGGGAGGGGGCGAGACCCUCCUCCGGCGUGGCACAGCCGCCGCCGCCGCCUCCUCUUCAUCCUCCUCCUCCUCUCCGGUGGCUGCCUUCCCUCACGAGCGAGAGCGGGAGAGAUCCCCGCGGCCGCCCGCCUGCCCGCCCGCCGCACACGCGUCCUCGCGUUCACACGCGCACCGGCGGAUGGGAGCGGCCUCCGAGCGCGGAGUGCUUCAUUUAGGUUACCAAUCAUACAAGAACACUUCUGAGCAUGAAAUUAGCCAAACACGUUGACCCUGGAUGCUUGGACUUAAUACAGCAAGACAAUGAAAGGAAGAAACAGAAAUUAACAUGAUCAUAGAUCCAUUCAGAAAAGCCUUUCAUCUCCAUACUUGGCCUCAUUUACUCAUACUUGGUUCCUGUGCUCCACCUGGCUUUUUUAGAUGAUUUGUUCCUGUUGAAUGAAUCCGGUUUACUUGCUGGAAUUCAUAUUCAGAGACAUCGUGUCUUCUGGGUUGGAGCCACUUGGUGGCAGACCGAAUUGUGGAUCCCAGGAUCCCAACGCUGCUUGACAAGGAGGAGAGGCCAGCCGAAUCACGUUAACCUGACAUCACAGCCACCAUGGUGCUGUCACAGAGGCAACGAGAUGAACUAAAUCGAGCGAUAGCAGAUUACCUUCGUUCUAAUGGCUAUGAAGAGGCGUAUUCUGUUUUUAAAAAGGAAGCAGAGCUCGAUGUGAAUGAAGAGUUAGAUAAGAAGUAUGCUGGACUCUUGGAAAAAAAAUGGACAUCAGUUAUAAGAUUACAAAAGAAGGUUAUGGAAUUAGAAUCCAAACUAAAUGAAGCUAAGGAAGAAUUUACAUCAGGGGGGCCCCUUGGUCAGAAGCGAGACCCUAAAGAAUGGAUCCCUCGCCCCCCCGAAAAGUAUGCACUGAGUGGGCACAGGAGUCCGGUCACAAGAGUAAUUUUCCAUCCAGUGUUCAGUGUUAUGGUCUCUGCUUCAGAGGAUGCCACAAUAAAGGUAUGGGAUUAUGAGACAGGUGAUUUUGAACGGACUCUGAAGGGCCACACAGACUCUGUGCAGGAUAUUUCCUUCGACCACAGUGGCAAGCUAUUGGCCUCCUGCUCUGCAGAUAUGACCAUUAAAUUAUGGGAUUUCCAGGGCUUCGAGUGCAUCAGAACCAUGCAUGGUCACGACCACAAUGUUUCUUCAGUAGCCAUCAUGCCCAACGGAGAUCAUCUAGUUUCUGCCUCAAGGGAUAAAACCAUCAAAAUGUGGGAAGUGCAAACAGGCUACUGCGUGAAGACCUUCACGGGGCACAGAGAGUGGGUCCGCAUGGUGCGGCCCAACCAGGACGGCACGCUGAUUGCCAGUUGCUCCAAUGACCAGACCGUGCGCGUCUGGGUGGUGGCGACGAAGGAGUGCAAAGCUGAGCUCAGAGAACACGAGCAUGUGGUGGAGUGCAUCUCCUGGGCCCCCGAGAGCUCCUACUCCACCAUAUUGGAAGCUACGGGAUCGGAGACUAAGAAGAGUGGAAAGCCAGGCCCUUUCCUGCUUUCUGGAUCUAGAGACAAGACCAUUAAGAUGUGGGACAUUAGUACUGGCAUGUGCCUUAUGACACUUGUGGGCCAUGAUAACUGGGUACGUGGCGUCCUGUUUCAUUCUGGGGGUAAAUUUAUUUUGAGCUGUGCCGAUGACAAGACCUUGCGCGUCUGGGACUACAAGAACAAGCGAUGCAUGAAGACCCUCAAUGCCCACGAACACUUCGUUACCUCGUUGGAUUUCCACAAGACAGCACCCUACGUGGUCACCGGCAGUGUAGAUCAAACAGUAAAAGUGUGGGAGUGCCGUUGAGUGAAUCCACAUCUGACCCACCCACCCCUCCUUCCCUCCCUCCUUCCCUCCCUCCCUCCCUCCCUCCCGGAUGCACUCGGAUACCAUGGUUACCCAUUGAGCUCUGUUUAAAAAUAAAUAUUGUCCUUUCAUGUAAAUUAUUCUGGAUGUAGAUUGAGCUUAUUAAAUGUUACACACAAAGUAUUCAUGCAUGGUGAAUCCAAAUUGUAUACUGUAAAUUUACAUACGUUGUCUAGAAGUACCAUAGGUUUAAGAACACGGGCUGGCAUUGGUCACAUCAGACCUGAGAAGGCAGAAAUUGGUUGGUCGAAUUAGGGGCACAUGAGCUGGUGACAGCAAAACCAUUCUUGGAUGGAUAAAUGGGACACCCGUCCCCUGCUGCCGGGUGGUGCUUAUAACUAGUGAUUCUCAUAUGGGAUUUUGGGGGGGGGGCGGGGGGGCUCUUUCAGAAACACUUAUCUCUGUAACAUCACUUAAGUGUGCUUAAGGAAUCUAAGGAUAUUAGAUAAACAAAGCUGCAACUUAGAAUCUUAUGUAAUUAAUGGAAACUAAUUAAAACCUGUUUUGUUUUUCCUCUCAUGCUAUAUUUGCCAAAUCAAUAGGAUAUAUUUUUUAUUUUGGCUUCCUAUCACGUUUGAAAAGAAAAAGUUGGUAUCCUUAUACUAACGAGCGGCAAUAUAGGAAGAAAACCUUGGUAUGAUGUGACGUGUAAUUUUUUUAAAAGAUUUGGUUGUUGGAGUUCUCUUGCGUGCUCACACUUGGUGAUUAACACUUUCCCAUGCGAAACAUGUCUUCGGGAGGCUGUUGGUCCUGCUGGAACUUAAGUUCUUCCUGGGCAGUUAGACGUGAAUCUCCCAGUUGACUCCUGACAGUUCAGUGCUCCCUUGCGUUGACUUCAGUUGUAGUUUGUUAGGUUCAUGCGAGGUCAGCCUGAUGAUCCUUCCACCCCCCUGACCCGUGGAAGCGCCAGCCGUACGUGGGGCGGUGCCGGGAUGGCUCCCCACCUUUCCUGUUAGUGAAAGCAGGGCUGCUAUUCAGGUGCGGUGGUGCCUGCCCUCGGGUUGUUGGCGCUUGGGCAACAACAGCUCACGAUCCGGAAGGAAGAUGUGAACUGUUUAUGCUAGCAUAGCUUGCAAGGUUUUAGGCAACCUCUCAAUCACCUUUUGUAUCCUAAGUCCGGGUUUUGGUUGCACUCGAGCAAAUGGCCGGAUCCAUUUUAGUGUGGAAGCUUCCCUUCCCAGUUUGAAGAGCCCUCAGCCACACGUUGGAACUCUGUUGACUUCGUUAGCAUUUUUGGUCGAAUUCUGUUGUAACCGGUGAAUUCCGACCCUUCUAACCAAGCGGGGUUGUCGCAAAAUCCACAAGAACCAAGCUGCUAGUCUGACAUCUUUUAGUACAUAAAGGUUUUAUUUACUAUGUGGCUUUUAAAUAACUCCCCCUGAAAAAUUGCAUAGUAAGGAAGAAACUUUUUGGAGGGUUUGAACACACGUCAAGGGAGACUAGACUCAAAACUGUUUUCGUUCUCCCACAAGGAAGAAUGUUUGUGUUUGGGUUCUUGUACAGAAGCUAGGAGACCAAAGGCAGGCAACAACUUGGGGUGGGUCAUUGGUUUCAGGAAAUCUGACUUCUGGAGAAUCCAGCGUUUUGGUUUUAUUCAUCGUCAGUAACAAUUUUCCACGCAUGAAUCUUACACAUUUGAGGUCUUAUUCUAGUUUAAAGCUGGUUUGACAGGAAAUGCGUUUGCUACUUUUCCCUUCCUGAGAAUUUCUGCAUCUAUUGGUGCAGUCAUAACAAUGCUGUUAGCAAUCGUAAAGUAAUUCUGGUUUUUUAACGGUUGAAGUAAUCUCCGUAUUACAUGAUCAGUGAACCGAAGGUACCUGAUUAACAAGGGAACUUGACCACUGUGGAUUUUUUUAUCAAACUCCGAGCAGUGGUUUAGGACAAAAAUCCCUUUUCUAGCCUCUGGCUUAGUCUGAGAGGGAAAGACUGCCUUGCUUUGAAUAACUUUAAACUCGCAAGCGACGCACAUGCCUAGCCAAGCUACAGUAAGAAAUGAAUUCUCAGGGAUGGUCACGGACUGAAUCCGCAGUCAGAGCCCUGGUUUUAAAACAAAAUUCAAAGCUGAAAGGGGAGGAGCUGGUGGUGAUCUUAGGUGAGGAGUUGGCCUUUGAAUCGGCCACUCCUCGUGUCUCUGUCUAUUCCUGUGCCUUUUUUCUUUUUCUGUGAAGAGUUUUGAGUGAUGAGGUUUACUGGUUCAGAUUGUAAGAUGUUUUAUCGGAAGGUGUGUUGGAGUUCACCAUUGAGUGUCCUGUUGUGCAGGAAUGGGCAGAGUAGUUGUCUUAGCACUACAUUCCCGAACAGUUGAGUCCUGAUGUCCAUUCUCUCAAAGCAAAGCUGCAAAUAGACUCUCACAGACACAUUCCAGAGCUGCAUGUAUGGAGAGGUGCCCAGCAAAAUCCUAGCUGCAUCUUCUUUCUCCCCCCACCCCCCGACCCCUUUCUUUUGGAAAGUGCAAACUUUUUCUGUGGUUUGGACACAAUCUGAAAGCUGAUGUCUCAGAGCAUCUUGCACUUUACAAUUUUUGUUUAAAAGCCGUCCUGCUUUUGUGUGUGGUGUGACCAAUGGUGUGCCCCAGAGCACUAAUAAUUAAAGAUAAAAUUAAAAAAAAAAACAAAAUACUAGUUGCUAGCAAGUUGUCAAGAGCUGUGGAGCACUGUAGUAUUUUGAAAGCUUUGGCUGUUGCUUCACCAAGACCCCCCCCCCCCGGCCCCCAGACUAUACUGUCAGUACCUGGCUUUUCCUUCCUUUUUAUUUUUGAACGUGAAUUGACCUGCCUGUUCAAUUGACAGAAUUAAAAUGAAGGAAAGAGAAAAACAAUUCCUUGUAUUCAGUCCUGUUAGGCGCUUAAACAAAUACCCAGGGUACUUUCCUAAUGUAAAACUUCUCCAUUAGUGGCAGAAAUGAUGUGUAUAAAAUAGGGGAAAGAGACUGUGGCGGAGAAGGGGGGGAGGACGGGCAGAAGAUGGACAGCGUUGGCAAGUCAUGCCUGGGUGUUAACCAGCCCUUUUUAAUUCUCUUUCCACCAUGUCCGUGUGAGUGACUGCUUCCUUGUCCCGAGCGUACUCUCCUAGCUUUCCAAAGUUCUUUUCGAAGAGAAUUAGCGGAACCUUCCACGUUCUAGAGGUUUCUUCCUGUCUGACAUGGACCGUUGUCUUUAUUUCUCGUUUUCAUACGAACGAUGUAGAGAUUGCCAUUGGAGAAAGUUUUUUUCCCCUCACCCCAGACUGUAGGAGUUAACUGAAGAUAUUGACACAAUUAAAAAUUUAAAAAAAAAAUCAGUAAAGGAAUGUAUAUAAUACUGCUCUGUGUUUUACAGUAAGAUUUGUUGCUCUCAGACUGUGUAAAACAGAAUUUAUUCAUGUUUUCUGCAUAUUAAAACAAAAAUCUUAUUGUACCAAUUGGUAAACUAUUAAAUGCAUAUAAAACUAAA